AAAAAAACGUUGACUGAAGUAUUGCACGGUUGUGUUGUGUUGUGUGUAUUAUUAUUUAACCGGUACUACGUGGAUUAUUAAUUACAUAUACCGGUACCGUCCAAAAAUAUUUUAAAAAAGUAACUUUAUUUUUUAAAAAUUCAAGUCGCUGAAUCGGGCUGUAGAAGCAGGAUACUUUUUUUUUUAUUUUUAUUUCGUACGAAUGCAAAGAGCUGGGGGAGUGCCAUGCGUAUGCAGCAGUUGCUCAGAAACUUUAUUUCACAAGACUCAAUCAACAAGCGACAGCUAAUUUAUUAAAUUAACAAUAUCAUCGUCAAAUAUUUAAUUGCGCUUUGUAACCGCGGAUUGGAGUGCCCUCGAGCUUUUUAAAAGAUCAAACAUAAAAAAAUCAUUUUUUUAUACAUAGUUGAGUUUCAUGGCGGCCAUUAGAAAGAAAUUAGUAAUUGUGGGCGAUGGUGCCUGUGGUAAAACUUGUCUGCUGAUAGUCUUCAGUAAAGAUCAAUUUCCUGAAGUAUAUGUCCCUACUGUUUUUGAAAAUUAUGUGGCAGAUAUUGAAGUUGACGGUAAACAGGUGGAAUUGGCACUAUGGGAUACAGCAGGACAAGAAGAUUAUGACAGGCUACGUCCAUUGUCGUAUCCAGAUACAGACGUAAUAUUGAUGUGUUUCUCUAUCGACAGUCCCGAUUCACUAGAGAACAUUCCCGAGAAGUGGACGCCCGAGGUGAAACACUUUUGUCCAAAUGUUCCGAUAAUUCUCGUCGGUAACAAAAAGGAUUUGCGCAAUGACCCAGGCACGAUUAAAGAGCUUGGAAAAAUGAAACAGGAGCCGGUUAAACCUGAAGAGGGACGGACUAUGGCUGAAAAAAUAAAUGCUUUCGCUUACCUCGAGUGUUCCGCUAAGAGUAAGGAAGGUGUCAGAGAGGUAUUUGAAACAGCAACACGAGCUGCGCUACAGGUUAAGAAGAAGAAAAAGGGCAAAUGCAGGUUACUUUGAAGUGUGAUGCAAGAUGGGCCCGUAUCCGCCGGGUGAUUUAAAAAAAAACACAAUAAAUAAACAUGAAAAAAAAUAAAAUAAAUGAAAUCUAAAUAACAAAACAACAAGAAAUUAAGGAUACUAGCUGGACCGAAGCUAGUCGUAAUGCCGGAGGCCCCUGCAUAUAAACUAUAACAUACUGAUAUCUUAUCUUUUAAUUACUUUACAUAUUAAAAAUAUUAAAAUAAAUAAAAAAAAAAUCUAAAUGAUAAAUGAUAAAUUUAAUACGAUCAACAAUAGAAACAUGUAAACGCAACGUCCAACCGGAUAAUACGAAAGCUAAUCCGAUUACUACUAAUUAAACACAAAAACAGUAACAAAAACUAUAUACAUAAUUAAUUAAUUAUUAUUAAAGAAGGAAAAAAUAUAAAAUAAAAAAAAGAAAAAAAGAAAAAUGAUUAUUUCAUACAAUUGCACCAAUCGACGAUGGUCCGAGAUUUUUUCGUACAUUAGCGCGCAUGUCCUCGUCUAAUCCACGUGUGUAAUAAUGCCAUGUAUGUAUGUACUGUCUACGUUAAUUCACGUGUGUCUGUCUGCCCUGUAGCGUGAGUGCGCGUAUCUUACGUAUAAUCUUGUGCGUAUAUCGCAUACUUUAUUAUUAUAAAACAUUAAAAAUAUUAACAAAACAAAAUAACAAAAGACUAUUAUAUUUAUAUUAAUUAAUUGUAAUUCUCUUUUUAAACGCUGGCGAAAUGUGCUUCAUAUUUUCAUUAUUAUUAUUAAUUUUUUUUUUUGAGCUUCACGGAAAUUUUGUCUCAAUUAAACAUUGCGACAAAAUUCAGAAAAUCUUAAUUUAAUUAAAUUAUAUUAAUAAUAUGAUACUAUAUAUAUACAUAUGUAUGUGUAUACAUAUAUAUUAAUAUUAAAAGAUAAUGAGAUUUAUUUUUUGUCAUUACUACUGUAAACUGUAUGUCAUUAUAGCUUCUGUGUGGCUCUUUGUAUUUUUUAUUUUUCUUUUUUCUUAAUUAUCUGCCGUUUUUUUUUUUUUUUUUUUUAUAAAAUGUUACCCAGCUAUUUUAAAUUAUGAUAAAGUAACAAAAGAAAUUGAUGUUUAAAUGAAUGUAUUGGCGAUUUAUAAAUUAACAACAAUAACAUUUGAGAUAAAUUAAAAAAAAAGAAAGAAUGAAGAAAGAAAAUAAAAAAGUAAAUUUAUCAGUAACCUUUUAAUAUAAAGUAUAACAAGUAAAGUCUUUUAUAAUAUUUAAAUAGGGCAGUGCUAAAAUAUUAAGUACGAAACCGUGGAUUUUUUUACUCCACAUUUUCUGAUACUGAACUUUUAAAAUGAAAAUAAAUUUUUACAAUUUAUUAUAUUAUAUUUUUUUUUUUCGUAUUGUCAAUCAAUAAAUCUUUUAAUAAAAAAAAUAAUUAAUGAUAACAAUAUAAAAAAAUAAGGCUUUUUGUCAAAUGAACGUGAAUAGACUAUCGGUCGUUUCGAUUUAAGAUAUCAAGUAGGCUAAAUGUAUUAUUAUAAUUAUUAUUAUUAUUAUUAUUAAUUAAUUAUUAUGUUAUUAUUAUAUUAUAUUAUUGUAAUACGA